AUCGAUAGCGGGACACCUCAAUAACGAAAAACGAACCCCACAUCUCCCCGCCGCCAACAACGAACCUCCCCAAUAACGAGCAACGAAUAUAUACCAUCAUGGCCGCCGAUAAGACAAACCCCGCCAGUCCCCUAAAGUCCGUACGAGUCGAUGCUCUUGUGGUCCUCAAGAUCUGCAAGCAUGCAUCUUCAGCACACCCUCAGGUCGUGACCGGCCAGCUUCUUGGAAUGGACGUCGAUGGCGAGCUCCAGAUCACCAACUCUUUCCCGUUCCCCUCGGUUGAGGCUCCCGCAUCCGACGAGAAGGGUUCAUCCGGUGACGGUGCCGCCGCCGCCCCAAGGGCAAAGGCCAACACAUACUACCAGACUGAGAUGGUGCGGUGUCUGCGGGAAAUGAACGUAGAUGCCAACAGUGUUGGAUGGUACCAGUCGGCUAGCCUGGGCAACUUCCUCAACACCAACUUCGUCGAGAACCAGUUCUUUUACCAGUCCUCAUUGAACGAGCGAACCGUUGCGCUCGUGCACGACACCGCGCGGUCCAUCUCCGGCGCUCUCUCCCUGCGCGCCUUCCGCCUGACCCCCCAGUUCAUGGCUGCCCAGAAGGAAGGAAAAUUCACCGUCGAGUCCCUUCAGAAGCACAACCUGACGUACCGCGACAUCCUCGUCGAGCUCCCUCUUACCAUCCACAACAGCCACCUCCUCACCAGUCUCCUCCACCAGCUUGACAACCCCGCGCCCGCGCCCCUUUCCGAGCUCUCUCUUUCCGCCCCUAUGCCGCUGGCGCCCAACUUCGAUGCCCUGGACCUCUCCAUCGACCCCUUCCUGGAGAAGAACAGCGAUCUCCUCCUCGAGUCCAUCGAGACCCACUACUCGGAGGUGAACAACCAGCAGUACUACAACCGCCAGUUGGCGCGUGAGCAGACCAAGAUCACGGCAUGGCAGACGAAGCGGAAAUCCGAGAACCAGCUGCGAGCCAGCGCCAAGCAGCCGCUUCUCCCAGAGGACGAAUGGCAGCGGCUGUUCAAGCUCCCCCAGGAGCCGUCGAGACUCGAGACCCUUCUCAACAGCAAGCAGAUCGAGCAGUACUCGAAGCAGAUCGACGCAUUCACUGCGAGUGUCUCGGCCAAGAUGUUUGCCGUUAACCAGGGACUGCCGAGAACCGAGGAAUAGAAAGUCCGGUGCGUAAUAUGCGGGGGUUGUUUUUUUGUGCUGGAGUUGGGGAAGGGAAAAUUCAUGAUGCCGUGCAAUUGUAAAAGUUGUGUGUUUUAUGUGACCUUCACCAUUGAGCCACUGUCCCAAUGAUAAUACUCAUAAAAUGCUUCGAAAUCCAACUCCCAAGAGAG